AUGCAUCUGACACCCGUCGUGGCCGGGCUGGCCCUCGCGGCUGUCGGCAACGCCUCGCCGUGCCCACCGCGCGGCGGCGUCAAGCCCAUCAAGCAGAUCGAGCUCGGCCCGCGGCCGUACUAUCUCGUCAACAAUAUGACCGACGGCCCGCUCAAGGACGAGCUGCAGGCGUGCACCGACAAGCCGAUGAAGCCGUCAACGUGGUCCAUCGGCCACCGCGGCGGCGCGCCGCUGCAGUUCCCCGAGCACUCGCGCGAGUCGGCGCUGGCGGGCGCGCGCAUGGGUGCCGGCGUGCUCGAGUGCGACGUGGCCUUCACCAAGGACCGCGAGCUUGUGUGCCGCCACAGCCAGUGCGACCUGCACACGACGACCAACAUCGUGGCUGUGCCCGAGCUCAACGCCAAGUGCACACAGCCGUUCCGCCCUGCGGCCGACGGCAAGCCCGCGUCGGCCAAGUGCUGCACCAGCGACAUCACGCUGGCCGAGUUCAAGUCGCUGUGCGCCAAGAUGGACGGCGCCAACACGUCGGCCACGAACCCGCAGGCCUACCUCGCCGGCACGCCUAGCUGGCGGACCGACCUGUACGCGACGUGCGGCACCGUCCUGGAGCACAAGGAGCACAUCGCCCUGGUCGAGGGGCUGGGCCUGCGCCACACACCCGAGCUCAAGGCGCCCGAGGUCAAGAUGCCCUUCCAGGGCAACUACACGCAGGACAUGUACGCGCAGCAGCUCAUCGACAACUACAAGCGCGCGCGGGUCCCCGCCGAGCGCGUCCUGGCCCAGAGCUUCCAGUACCGCGACGUGCUGUACUGGCUGAAGGCCGAGCCCGCCUUUGGCAAGACGGCCAUCCUGCUCGACGAGUCGGGCGGCACCCCCGAGACGUACCCGCAGGCCGUCCAGAACCUGACGACGUACCACGCGGCCGGCGUGCGCACCGUCGCGCCGCCCCUGGCCUACCUGGUCGAGGCCACCAAGGACGGCAAGAUUGCGCCGAGCGCGUACGCCCGCCGCGCCAACGAGCUGGGCCUCGCCAUCAUCACCUGGAGCCUCGAGCGCUCCGGCCCGCUGGCCGCCGUGCACCGCAACGGCGACUCGUACUACUCGUCGAUCCGCGACGUGAUCCACAAGGACGGCGACAUGUACGAGCUGCUCGACGUGUUGUACCGCAAGGUCAAGGUGGCAGGCCUGUUUUCCGACUGGAGCGCCACGGUGACGUUUUACGCCAACUGCGUGGGCGUGGGGUUGGGCAGCAAGUGA